GAAGGCUGCAACAUUAUUCGACUUAGCUUCACCAUGGUCACGUGGCCCACAAACUUCGCACUUGGACUCGUGUGUCAUCUGACAAUGAUGAUUGAUGCAGACAGAGGAUGCACUCAAAUGUGCCCGUCCGGCACGCACUGUGUUCGUACUGCCGUCACGUGCAUCAAUGGAAGCUGCGCAGAUAGGUUUAUAUGCGAAUCUACAGACGCAGCCAGCCACUCUCCGUCGAUCGAGCGUCGAAGUGAGGGGAGCUGCCCGACGGCGCUACCCGGGAGGUCGGGGCCUUGCGUGGAACAGUGCCGACAUGACGAGGACUGUAGACGGGGCAAAACAUGUUGUUAUAAUGGGUGUGGCCACACGUGUAUGCGGAUGAACAGACAACGUAGUUCAGGUCGGCGAAAUAAGCCAGGUUCAUGUCCCUGGUAUGCACGAGAGAGUCUGUCCUGUGAUGUUGAGUGCCUUCACGACCAUGGGUGCCCCGGGCGCAGCAAGUGCUGCCAGACUACAUGUGGAAGUACCUGCGCCCAGCCCUGUUUCCACUGGCUGUCAAACCCAUCCUCAAGCAGUGGAACGUGGAGCCUCCCGCGACGGUGCGAGCGGCCUGCUUCGUGAAGUUACGAGACGAUGUUUUGACUUCAGUGAGAUUCCUCCAGGGACCAAAUGCCAAAUAUAAGUAAACAGUUCGGCCUUAUCAUCAUCAGUCCGAUACGAAACCUGUCUGCGCGAAGACCUCGUCUUCCUGAUAGAAGCUUGCUUCACAUGAAGCCUGGGCGACCUUGAUGCUUUUGUUGUUUGUUUGUAUGUUGUUUAACACCGCACUCAGCAAUAUUCCAGCUAUAUGACGGCGGUCUGUAAAUAAUCGAGUCUGGACCAGACAAUCCAGUGAUUGACAUCAUGAGCAUCGA